AUGUGCGAACAGAACGUGCUUGAUGGAUUGGUGGCGGUCAAAAAUUUCAAAAUUCGAAGAAGAGCGCUCCGCUCCGGAAAUAUGGCGCCGGGGAAGUUGACAGUGUUUUGUUUUUUGGCGGGAAUUCUCAGUGCAGUGUGCUCGGAGACGGACAAUGAUGUGUUGACAUUGCAAGACAAUUUAGACCUGAAAGACGACGUAGCUUCUGAUAGGCGGAGGCCGUCGAAUGAACAGGAGAAGGACAUUCUUUUAUUGGACGCUCUAGGGAGGAGAAAGGGAACAUAUCACAGUUCUUACAGUUCUUCCCAAGAAGAUGACUCUAUUAUGGAUUUGCUUGGAAAAAUGAUACCACAGACCUGUCGCUACAGAGGUGCUAGGUAUCCCUGUGGACUAAGUAUAUCAUGCGUAAUCGGUGGAGGGAAGCCCUUAGACCUAUGCUCUGGAGGCAUGAUAUGGGCAUGUUGCGUCGACAGGGAUACUACAGAAAGACCAAGCGAAAUUGCACCUGUCGUCCAUAAUGCAAGUGACCUUAUAGAACUGAUUGGAACAUUCCCACACGAAUCAUACGAUUAUCAAAACACAAACCAAUAUGAGGACCCAGUCAUCAUAUAUACGGAUACAAAUCGCCCGAAACCACAUCACAACCGUCCCGAGUCAGACUAUAACCAUCAAUCACCGGGCCCGAGUAGGCCCGAGUUGGACUAUAGUCAUCAAAAACCCAGCCCGGGUCGUCCCGAGUCGGACUAUAGCCACCAAAAACCCAACCCGGGUCGCCCCGAGUCUGAUCAUAAUCACCAAAACGACUACUACGACCAGAACAAUUAUUUUCACGUGAAACCUUCGUAUCACGAGAUUACUACACAAACAGAAUACACGCCUAAUGUGAAUGAUGCUGAUGAUUAUGUUCCUGUUGUAACUAACGGCCACAAACCACAGAGGCCGAGCUAUCCGGGUUGCGGUGAGCACUACACUCGAUCGAAUCGAAUUGUCGGAGGACAUUCUACGGGUUUCGGUUCGCACCCUUGGCAGGCGGCUUUAAUAAAAUCGGGCUUCUUGAGCAAGAAACUGGCUUGCGGUGGGGCGCUCAUAUCUGAUAGAUGGGUGAUUACCGCUGCUCAUUGUGUCGCUACGACUCCGAAUUCUCAGCUCAGGGUGCGACUAGGUGAAUGGGAUGUCCGGGAUGCUGGAGAGAGAUACUCGCACGAGGAAUAUGCAGUACAACGUAAAGAAGUACACCCAGCAUAUGAGCCGGCUGACUUCAGGAAUGACGUGGCUUUAGUACAACUUGAUAGGGGUGUCGUUUUCAAACAACAUAUAUUGCCGGGCGGCAGAGAUUCCUGCCAAGGUGAUUCCGGAGGCCCAUUAACAAUGAAGCUGGAGGGGCGAAGCACCCUCAUCGGUCUAGUUUCAUGGGGCAUCGGAUGCGGCCGAGAACACUUACCCGGAGUAUACACAAACAUACAGAAAUUCGUACCAUGGAUAGACAAACUCGUCACACCACAGUGA